AUGGAACCCCUUAUUUACCUCACUGGGUCUCCCCCAGAUCCUCGCAGCCUUGAGCUGCCCGACACAUCGCCCGCCAUGCCCACAACCCCCCUUCCCAAGACACCCAGCAUGGCCAUCCGCGCCCUCGACUCCCUACGCGACUCCCACUUGGUCCCCAUGUCUCCUCGUCUCGAGGUCUCUCAGCCACACAGUCCGAAGCCAGACCACGAAGAUGAGAGGAGAGAGGCAAAAGCAGACGGCGAUAACCCAUUUCCUAUCGACCGCAAUAUCCUACGAACAGUAAUACGCGAAAAACUGGGAUGCGAGCCCUCGCAUAUAAAGUUCCUUAGCUCAGGCACAUUCCAUAAAGCCUUCCUAGUCUCACUCGUCGACGGGCCUGAUGUAGUUGCGAGAAUAGCCAGGCGGUAUAUGCCUAAGCUCAAGACCGAGUCCGAGAUUGCAACCAUCAACUAUGUUCGCGCGCACACCAACAUCCCUGUUCCAUUCAUCUACGCCUAUGAUUCAGACCCAUACAACAAGCUUGGUGGAGAGUACAUCAUCAUGAGCAAGGCUCCCGGAGUCCCACUUAUCCGACAUUUCCACUCGAUGCCUGCAAACAAGAUGAACGACCUCUUGCAUAAUCUCGCCGAGAUGCUGGUCCCCCUAUCACAGCAUACGUUUCCCGCGAUCGGCUCGCUUUAUCAGCACGGAGAGCUUUGCCCCCCAAAGGAAAUAGUCCGUUCCAUACUUAGACGAGCUAAGAUUGGAGGCGACCCUGGAAAGAUAGCCGCCGGGAUGGGUUAUGGCAGGAACAAUCAGCGUGACAGCGGCAAGCUGACACUCGACACUUUGAACGUUCCUCAUUUGCAUUCAAGGCAGAUGCGGCCAUCGCCGCUACAUGAAUCGACCGUCCUCCCACAACCGGCAUCGCCAACCCCGUUGUCUCCCCUUCCUUCCCCUGCCUUUACGAAUGCUGGACCUUCGACGUCAAGCUCCAAACGCUCCGACUUUUACGUUGGCCCCAUUGUCGCGUGGCCAUUCUUCGGCAGUGGCCGAGGUGAGCUACCCAGUGUCGACCGUCCUACGGUCCCACUCUCCGAUUCUCCCGCCGCCAACAAGGCUCCAGAAGAUCCUCCCAAGUCUCCUACCAUUCAUGACCCUGAUGAAAUCGAUCGUGGGCCAUUCCCAACACUUGAUUCUUAUGUCCGGGCAUGUGUCAGACGUGAAGUCGAGGGGGUAAGGCGAGAACAAGAAAAGACUGGUGCGGCCCACAAACCGCAUCUUGUACCGGCUAGCGAGGAACGAGGCCAUCAUCAUACACACGGCCAUGGCCAUGGACACGGGCACGCGGGCCACCAUCAUUCUCAUGGGAGGCGUCGGGCGAGCGAUGAAUUGCACGUACUCAAUCCUGCCCCCAAGCGUCGACGACGCGUCCGGUCCGGCUUGGGAUCGCUGGGGACCGACGGCCUUGGAUCAAGUGCACCCAAAAAUCGACGCGCGCCUCGUGGCCUUGGGAGCCUCGGCAAUGGCAAAGGUCCCAUCUCAUCUACUUCCUCGACCUCGACGCCCUCGCUUGCCUCUUCGGACUCGGACUCUGAUUCGGAUUCGGAAGGAAGCUGCACAUGCUCCGAUUCAUCGUGUUCCUGCUCCUCCGGAUCUGGCUCAUCUGAAGAAUCUGGCGAUGUCUACUCGGAUGAAGAAGCCAUUUACGGUGAUUAUCGAGCCGCGCAGAGGAGUUCGCUAUUCGUCGGGCUAAACCUGGCGAGAGAGGGUGCCGUCAAGGCCGAAAUGGAGCGCUGGGCACGGUGGUUGGCAGCCCAGGCUCAUGGGGACGAGUCCGAUGGGGAAGAGACCGCAGAGAGCAGCGGGAGCGACGAUUCAGCCUUUCAAAACGGCAAUGGUCGGGUCGGGGCGACCGGCUUCGUCGGAAUUGCGCCCGUAUCUUCGCCCCCGCCCAGAGUCAAGCCGGUCACCCCCGCCAAGUUGCUCUCGCCGCCCCGGGGCGUUGGCGUUGGAGGAGGGGGCUUUAUCGGUGUUGGACCUGCCCUUCCCGAACCAGCCAAGGCGAGUUCGCCGUCCCCGACUUCUCCUGUUCCUCGUGGGCGUGGGGUCGGUGUGGGUGUCGGCGGCGGCGGGUUCGUUGGCGUCGGCCCAGGACCGAGCUACAACACUUCGUCGGGUACCGGAUUUGUCGGUGUGGGUGUCGGCGGAGGGUUCCUGAACGUGGGCGGGAUUCCCAGCCCCCCAGAACCUUCCUCGCCCGUCUCGCCUAUUUCUCCGACCAAGGGAUUCGCGGGAGGGUUUGGCGUAGGAGUCGGAGGUGGUGGAUUCUUGAGCGUUGCCGCUCCUACCCCUGCCCCUCCUCCAGCUGCUCGAGGUAUCGGUAUUGGGGCCGGUGGAUUCCUGAGCGUCGGCGCCGCGCCCGAACCGCCCAAGCCUGUCGAGAAGAAGAAGAAAAAAGCUGCCAAGCAAAAAGUCGACAAGGACGAACUCGGUGACUUUGUCCUGGAUUUGCAUGAUUUGAGUUUGGCGAACAUCUUUGUUGACAGUGUCGACUCGUCGAAGAUAACAUGCAUAAUCGAUUGGGAGAGCACGACGAUCCGCCCGUUUUGGCAAGCUGCUCACCUGCCCACGUUCCUGGUCUCGGCUACCAACGCUCACUCGCAUCCUGUGACCCCUCGACUGCAGUCUACUCGGAUUUCCAAGGGUGUGUCCCAGGCCGACUCGCGGAUGUCCCACCAGACCGACUCGCGCCAUUCGCAUCGCACUCUUGGCCCGCUCGGGAACGGCCAUCUUCCUUCGAGCGGGGCGGCGUCGGGUAUGGCCAGUAUCGCUGCCCUUACUGCGGCCUUGAACGACUAUGCGCAGGGCAUGAACGAUGCCGCAUUUGGAUCGCCCAAGUAUUCCUCGUUUGGGGAUUCGCCCAGGGCUCACCAUUUUGGUGAUUCUUCCCCUCGCUUCCCGCAUUCCCCACAGAGACGAUAUGCUACCCUCGCCGAAUCCCCGCGAUUCCCUACACCACCUCUUCACUCUGAUAUGGCUCUCGACUCGGCCCCUCGCACGGCUGUACUAUCUCGCCAACAUUUACAGCACUCGCAUUCCUAUCCGGUCCAUCAUACGCGCAGGAGCGGCGCCAAUACGGCGGUGAAUACUAUUUCAGCACUUCGCCCGAAUGGGGCUCCGCGAACCAUGUCCCAGCGCUCGGACGUACACGCCCAUUUCGAAGAAGCCGGACUGGAACACGAUCACGAGUUCAAGAGGCACCACGAUGUCAGCGGGGGCGAGACUCCUCGACGGAUCACGCGCGAAGAAGCGGCCGAGUGGUUCAAGCGGAUCGUGGCCGAAGUCGAGUGCCCGACUGGUUGCGGCGACAAGAAGGAGAAAUGCGGAGAGCGGUGGAUCCGGGCCGAGCGUGAGCGAGCGUCGUGGCGCGUGGCCCACCGCGCUGUCGAAUGGGACGGAUGGGAACUUGGGUUGGUUGAAAGUGUGCUCGAGGAUGCGCGCACGCUGCAGGGCGACAUGGACUUUUGA